AGAGAGGUUCCACUUACUCGCUCCAGCUCCGGAAUAGUUCCUUUGCCAGCCUUCCUGGGGUCUCCUAGCACCUGAGUGAAUGCUUUCCAGACAGCAGAAAUUCCUAGGGUUCAGAAUUUAACAGGUUGUCAUGGCGACCAGCAACGAUCCAGAGGAGGAGCAGGUUGUUCCGGAUACAGAAGAUGGAGCUGAUGUGAAGGCGGUACAGGCCCGAUAUCUCCGAAGCCCUUCUCCUAGCCAGUACUCCAUGGUCUCAGAUGCUGAAACAGAGAGUAUUUUCAUGGAUCCCAUUCACCUGUCAUCAGCUGUUGCUGCCAAGCAGAUCAUCAAUGAAGAACUCAAGUCAAGGGAAGUCAAAACAGACACUGUGUGCCCUGGGAUGCUGGAGUCUGCAGAGCAGCUGCUGGUCGAGGAUCUAUACAACAGGGUCAAAGAGAAGAUUGAUGACACCAGCCUGUAUAACACGCCCUGUGUCAUGGACCUUCAGCGGGCUUUGGUUCAGGACCGCCAUGAGGCUCCCUGGAAUGAGGUGGAUGAAGUCUGGCCCAAUGUCUUCAUCGCAGAGAAGAGUGUGGCUGUGAACAAGGGGCGGCUGAAGAGGUUAGGGGUCACUCACAUCCUGAAUGCAGCUCACGGCACAGGUGUUUACACUGGACCAGAGUUCUACAAUGGCCUGGAGAUUCAGUACCUAGGUAUAGAGGUGGAUGAUUUCCCUGAGGUUGACAUAUCCCAGCAUUUUCGGAAAGCUGCAGAGUUCCUUGAUGAAGCCCUAUUGACCUACAGAGGGAAAAUCCUCGUCAGUAGUGAAAUGGGAAUCAGCCGGUCCGCUGUGCUGGUGGUUGCUUACCUGAUGAUCUUCCACCAUAUGACCAUCCUAGAAGCCCUGAUGACCGUGAGGAAGAAGCGUGCCAUCUACCCCAAUGAUGGCUUCCUGAAGCAAUUGAGGGAGCUGAAUGAGAAGUUGAUGGAGGAAAGAGACCAGGACUAUGGAAGAGAGGGAGGGGGUUAUGAGGAUGAAGUAGGCCGAGGCUCUGUACUGGCAGGUGAAGGAGACACAGGGAGUGUGUUAGGGGCCAGAGUUCACUCAAUCAUAGUGGAGGAGGAGGAGGAUAUCACCAGCACCCUGAGUGGUUCUUCUGUGAGGAGCACUCGAAGGGUCUCCAAGCCCAGCACCCUCAUUGAUGAUGAAGAGGAGGAGAAGCUGCAUAAGGAAUGGAGGAAGAAGCAAGACUUCCCCACAUGUAGGAAUGGACAACCAACACCCUUGGAUCAGGAAGGAGGGGAAGAGUCUGAGGAGGAUCUAGAGAGGGUCAUUCAGGAGUGGCAAAGCCGAAAUGAGAAGUACCAAACAGAAAGGUCCCAUAGGUGGUCUAGGGAGAAGGAAGAAGAGGAAGAAGAAGAGGGGUUGGGGGAUGGAGACUCCCUCUUGGGGAGAAGCAGGAGGCGCACAUUCAGUGAAUGUAGCACCUCAGAGAGUACCUUAAGCCAUGAAAUCCAGGUCCUGAAGCAGCAGUUGGAGCUCAGUAGCCGUAGGCAGACACAGAGGAGGCAUUCUGGCUCAGGGUCCUCUGAGAGCACCUGGGACACGUGGAACCAAAGGCUUCUGGAGAUUGAGAAGGAAGCAUCUCAAAGAUAUCACUCUAGGAGCAGACAGGAGGAAGCUGAGUCAGAUUCAGAUGGGGAGAAAGAGAGGGAGGAUGAUGAGGAAAGUGUGGCCUCGGAGGCCAGCUCCUUCUAUAACUUCUGCAAAAGGAACAAGGACAAGCUGACUGCCUUAGAACGGUGGAAGAUCAAGAGAAUCCAGUUUGGAUUUCACAAGAGGGAUUCAGAGGCGGGAGAAGGCAGUACUGAACAAGGUGAAGAGACCACAGAAGGAGAGAAGAACCUCUCAGAUGUCAAUCUGACAGCCUACCAGGCCUGGAAGUUAAAACACCAGAAGAAGAUAGGCAAUGAAAACAAGGAUGAGGUGGUAGAACUCAGUAAAGGGGAAGACUCGGUUCUGGCCAAGAAGAAACAAAGAAGACUGGAACUGCUGGAAAGGACCAGGCAGACCCUGGAAGAGAGCCAGUCCAUGGAUAGCUGGGAUGCUGAGAGCACAGCCACCAGCAAAAGCAUUCCCCUGUCUGCUUUCUGGCCUUCUGUUGCCUCAGCCAGUGCUAACGGGGACUCGGGCUCUGUGCUGAGCAUGCAAAGCAAUAGGUCCCACCUGUCUCAGGCCCAAAGCAAUAUCUCAGGCUCCAUGCCUACCAUACCUUUGCCCAACCUGCCAGUGGGACCUGGAGACACCAUCUCUGUGGCCAGCAUUCAGAACUGGAUCGCCAAUGUAGUCACUGAGACCCUUGCUCAAAAACAAAAUGAGAUGCUGCUGCUGUCUCGACCUCCUUCUGCUGCAAGCGCGAAGCCCUCUCCCUUAGGCAAUGGCCUGGUAGAUGAUCAAAUGUCCUGCCUCAGUGGGCAGAGUGCCCAAUCCUUAGGUACAUCCUUGCUGACUCGUCCCCAUGACAGGCCCAAUGCUGACACUCAGUCUGUGUUGUCUUGUAGUACAGUGAGCUCGAGAACUGGAGUUAGGGGAAAGGGAAGUGGAACAAUUAAGCCUUUCUACAGCCUCUUUGCAGAUGAUGUUAACCUGAAAGAGCUUAGACAGAAGGAAAAGGAGAUGCAAAGAGGACUACGAGAGAAGAUGUCCGAGUACAAAAUGGAGAAACUUGCUUCAGACCACAAACGCAGCCACCUGUUCAAGAAGAAGAAGGCAAAGGAAGAGGAGGAGGAGGAGGAGGAGGAGGAGGAAGGCGCUAGGGAAGAAGACACUGACAGUGCCAUAGGAAGCUUCAGAUAUUCUUCCCGGAGUAUUUCUCAUAAGCCUGAGACAACUAUCUCCUCUUCCUCCUCUUUGGCUGUCUCUGAUCAUCAUGGAAGCACCAAUGCGGCCAACUUAGAAGUGGACAGAAGUAUUAAUAGGUGGCUCAGUGGCCUCAAGUCAGAAGGAGAGGUUCCCCCUCAACGAGACUGGUCUAGGAGCUCGGGAGAAAAGUACUGUAGGUCAAGCACUCUCCGGGAGGUGGAGUCAGAAGCAUCCAGUUACAGGAUGUCCAAGUCCCGCUCCGAGGAGCGGGACAGCUCAUCACACCACCAGUCAGAUGGCGGCUCUGUGAGGAGUACCUCCCGAUUCUCUUCUUCCUCCACCAGAGAGGACAGGGAGACAUACAAGUUCUCAAGGUCAAAAUUCAUGGAGACCUCAAGGUCUAGAGAAGAGAGCCCUGAGCCAUACUUUUUUCAAAGGAGCCCAGAACCUUCCCAAGGAGAGGAGUCCCCUGAGCCACUUCGACGGAGCUGGUCCAGAACCCACGACUGGGAAGAUGUGGAAGAAUCAUCCAAAUCAGACUUUUCUGAAUUUGGAGCCAAGAGGAAAUUCACUCAGAGUUUCAUGAGGUCUGAUGAGGAAGGGGAGAGGGAAAGAGUAGAAAACACUGAAGAAGGAAAAUUUGCAUCAGGGCGAAGGUUCCAAUAUCGGAGAAGCACCGAGAAAGAGGAUGAGGAAGAGAUGGAUGAUGAAGCCAUCAUUGCUGCCUGGAGACGCCGGCAAGAAGAAACCAAAACGAAGCUACAGAGAAGACGGGAAGAGUAAGGAGGGCAGGACAAAGUCUAUUGGUGUUGCUUAAGCAGGAGGGAGACAGAUGGCUUCUAGGAGAGCCUCAGGACACACAUCUGGCUGUUGGGCAGAUGUAGGCUUCUUGAGGCCUAAUCCUCUAAGUCUUUGAGCUCAGGUAUUUGGGAAUGAACAUCCGAGUGCCAGAAUAUUAAACUUCCUGCCGUACGUGCUGUUUUGUGGCAAGACUUAUGCUUACAAUCAGUGUGGCUGUGAACCAGUACCCCGGGUGUAUAGCUCUAUAGAGUUUCAUAGACAGAGAGGGCUGAGUCUUCUAUGGCAGGCCACUUAGGAUAGCGGUGAAUCCUGGUUGCAUUUUAUUUGAUAUAGUGAAUCUUCAUUAAACAUGGCCUCUGCCAAAACCUUCUA